AUGGUUCGUGGCACUAAAAGACGGAGGAAUUCCGAAGAAAAAUCAAAAACCGUCAUCACUGUCAACAGAGAUGACACUAUUCCAGUAGAUGAAGAUGCGGCGGUCGGAGAUUCGCAAAUGACAACUUCAAAGCCGUUCGCAAGACUCGUCGGAAUUCGGAGAGGAAUCGCCACAAUUGAUUUGAUCGAAGACAAUUUCGUGUGUGGGCGUGGUUCGGAAGAGUCCCCAGUUAAUUAUAAUUUCUCAUCAUUGAGCCAUGACACGGGAUUAUAUCGAUUCAUUUCUAAAGUCCAGUUCGCUAUUAACCGGGAUUCCGAAUCUCACCGGAUCUAUCUUCAUGAUCAUUCUCGUAAUGGUACAUUGGUAAAUCAAGAAAUGAUCGGGAAAGGACAAUCAAUCGAACUGAACAAUGGAGAUUUGAUUUCGAUCGGAAUUCCUGCUCUUAUCAUUUUUGUGUAUGAAACAACUGAGGAUGGUCAGUAUCCGGAAGAGUUGACGAAGAAAUAUCAUGUGACAAGUCAUUCAUUGGGUAAAGGAGGAUUUGGGAAAGUACUUCUUGGUUACAAAAAAUCAGAUCGAUCUGUGGUGGCCAUAAAGUGCUUGAAUACUCAAUUCUCCACAAGAUGUAGUCGUGCAAUUGCGAAAACAAGAGAUAUAAGAAACGAAGUCGAUGUUAUGAAGAAAUUGAGUCAUCCGAAUAUUGUUGGAAUUUACGAUUGCAUCGCGGUAUCAAAGUACUCCUAUAUGGUAAUUGAAUAUGUCGGUGGAGGUGAAUUCUUCUCCAAAAUAGUUGAUUCGAAGUACAAUCGAAUGGGUGUCGGCGAAUCACUUGGAAAAUAUUUUGCAUAUCAGUUAAUCGAUGCGGUACUAUAUCUGCAUUCUGUUGGAAUAUGUCAUCGUGAUAUCAAACCAGAGAAUAUCCUUUGCUCUGACAAGACGGAACGGUGCAUUUUAAAGCUGACCGACUUCGGAAUGGCCAAAAAUGGAAUGAAAAUGAAGACACGUUGUGGAACGCCAUCAUAUAAUGCACCAGAAAUAGUGGCAAAUGAGGGUAUUGAGUAUACUCCGAAAGUUGAUAUAUGGAGUCUCGGAUGCGUUCUAUUCAUCACUUUCUCUGGUUAUCCACCAUUCAGCGAAGAAUAUACCGAUAUGUCAAUGAAUGAUCAGGUUAUGAAAGGUCGUCUUCUAUUUCAUUCCCAAUGGCGACAUGUUACUAUAGAAACUCAACAAAUGAUCAAAUGGAUGUUGACUGUUGAGCCGUCAAAACGACCUUCAGCGGUUGAAUUAAUGAGUACAGAAUGGAUGAAAUGUGGAGAUUGCCGACUAGCUAAACAGGAAAUUAUCAAAAUAUACAAGCCAGUCACCACCACGGAUAUUAAAAAUAAUAAUAAUAUCACUACCGCCGCUGCUGCCUUAGCAAAUAAAAAGAAACGGCUUCAAUAA